UUGGGUUCAAUCAGAAUGGAGGUGUGUGUCCAGAUAAUAAAAAACACCACAUGUUAUGUGCAGAAGGCUUUCAUCUUUUGCUCCCUUCUUCUGUAUGUUGCUGUGGGCAGACUCCUCAUGUGCCUUUUUCCACAGACCAUGGAGGGAGUGCUGAAAUCCCACUUUCAGAUGACAGAACCCCAUGUCCCUAAGUUUAAAUAUGAAGACUGGGGACCCACAAUCUUUACUUUCAAAUUCCUGAGGUCCGUUUUGCAAAUCAUGUGGCUACGUCUGGAAGAUGAAGCAUUCUUGGGACAAGCUGCACCAAACACACCUGUGGUGGACCUAGACGGUGAACUACAUCACAUUUGGGACUAUUUCCGAGGUCAGCGUCCCUUGGUCCUCACGUUUGGAAGCUGCACAUGACCUCCUUUCCUCUUCAGGCUUAAUGAGUUUAAUAAGCUUGUCCAGGACUUCAGCUCUGUGGCAGAUUUCUUGAUUAUCUACAUUGAGGAGGCGCAUGCAGAAGAUGGAUGGGCUUUGAAAAACAAUAUAUCCAUAAAAAAGCAUCAGAGUAUCCAGGACCGGCUUGCUGCAGCCAAACGCCUGUUGGAGGAGCUGCCUUCUUGCCCCGUGGUGUUAGACACGAUGCAGAACCUGUGCAGUGCUAAGUAUGCAGCCCUGCCUGAGAGGCUUUAUAUCCUGCAAGAAGGCAAAGUCAUCUAUAAGGGUGACAUGGGUCCCUGGGGCUACAAACCAGAAGAAGUGCGCUGUGUUCUGGAGAAAAAGAAAUAGUCUAUUUGGGUGUUGCCUCCAAUGUUCUCUUGACAGAAGAAAAGGAUAGAUCUGAACUUAUCGGUGAGACUUGUCUGGCCAUGAAAGCCUAUGGCAAGAUACAGCAUCCUAACCAAAGAUCACCAGGAAUGGUUCUCAGAUCCAGACACUGCGUCACAUAUAGACUGAUGCGUCACAUAUAGACAUAUCGUCACCAUAUCAUCACAUGCAUUAUCACCAAGACUGAUGCUGAAGAUAGAAGCGUGUUCUCUAUUAUCUGCCACAGAUGUACUCUCAGAACCGGACUCUACCAUUUAUUUGUUUGUGAAGGUUGCAGCUUAAAGCUCUGCGGGCCUCAGCCUGAAGUUGCAAAUAAUUGGGGGUGUUCUGGGUUAUUCCAAAAGAAAUAAAAUUGUUGUUUUUGUUGUUUUAAA